UCCCCUUCCGUUUUGCUAUUUCACUUCGUUUCUCUCCGGUGUAGGACACGACCGGUCGACCUGUAUACCCGGGACUCUUUUGGACGUUUAUAAAUUACAUGUACCAAAGUCUUACACAUUAAAAAUCAAAGAAAAUAAUUCCACUUAAAACUUUUUUUUUAAUGUGACUUUGUUGACAACUACAGUACACCUCGGAGAUUGGGAAAACUUCAAGAAAGACAACAACAAGGAAGAGUAGCUCCAUCAACAACGGCGGUAGCUCCCAUUUUCAUUUCUCGCUCCUCUUGGACCCCCACACGGUGAUGGAUUACAUGGACAGCGGGCUGAGAUACACCCCCACCCAGUUCAGGUUGCCUGAAGAUUAGCUCCAGCACUCCCGUAACCCUCCUGAGGACAUGGCUCAGAAAAUGGAUGGAUACAUCCAAAGAAAGAAAUUAAGAUGAUAAAGAAUGGGACACUAAUGUUCAGUUCCUGCCAGCAUCAGACAACAAGAAGCUGGAGAAGAAGAAAGGUCCUGGGAAGGUGGGCGCCGUGGUUGGAGUGCUGAUCUUGUGCGCUGUCAUAGCACUGAUGGCCGGCCUGCUGAUCUGGCAUUUCCACUUCCGUGAAGAUGUGCGUGUCAAGAAGCUGUACAGUGGCUCCAUGCGAAUCACCAACCAGGUUUUUGAGGAUGCCUAUGAGAACGCCAACAGCUCUGAGUUCAAGGCGCUGGCAAAGCAGGUCAAGAUGCAGCUUAAAACACUCUACAGCAAGAGUCCACAGCUGGCCAAAUACUACGUCGGCUCGACAGUUCAGGCUUUUAGUGAGGGAAGCGUUAUUGCUUACUACAUCUCAGAGUUCAACGUUCCGACCGGCCAGGAGGCAGCAGUGGAUUAUGCCAUGUCCACCAUGGACAAACUAGUUGACAAAGAGCAGCGCAGCAUUUACAGGCCUGGCAAUUCUCUGCUUCUGGAAGACGUUGUCUCCUCUGAACUUGAUUCACGAUUGUUUUCAACGGAAUUCAGCAGAUUCUUGAGGUUUUCUGAGCACACAAGGACCAACCACAUUGGCCAGAUCAGGUCCCCUGGCUUCCCCGACAGCCCUUACCCACCCAACAGCUUUAUCCAGUGGCAGCUGCGGGCCGACCCCAACCACAUCAUCAAGCUAGACUUCGACACGAUGAAUCUGGAGGAGAACUGCGACAACGACUUUAUCAAGAUCUAUGACUCCCUGGUGGCCAUCGAGGCCAGGGUCGUGCAGGAGAUGUGCGGAUACUACUCACCCAGCGAGCCCCUGACAUUUCUGUCCUCUGGCAAUGUGAUGCUGGUCACCAUGGCGACCAACCAAGUGAAGAACUACCCCGGCUUCCGAGCACAAGUGUCGCAGGUGCGACGCGGCAGCACUAGUACAAUGUGCGGUGGCCAGCUGACAGGUGACACAGGCCGUUUCACUUCUCCUAACUUUCCAAAUUACUACCCUCCUCGGACCUCCUGCAAGUGGACCAUCAAGGUCCCUGACAGAAAAUCGGUGAAAGUGACAUUCAAAAAGUUCCUCAUAUCUGAACCAGGCCAGGGCGGAAGCAAGGGCUGCCGCAAGGACUACGUGGAGAUCAACAGAAAGAAAUUUUGCGGCGAUCAUCCCGACAACUCUGUCGUGGAAACUAGCAGCACCAAUGAAAUGACCAUUCAGUUUUUCUCUGACGGAUCCCAUGUGGACCUAGGCUUUGAGGCGACAUAUGAGGCAGUCGACAUUGCCGACCCUUGCCCCAAGAAGUUCCGGUGUAAGAACCAGCGCUGCAUCAAGCCUGAUCUCAAGUGUGACGGCUGGAACGACUGUGGCGACAUGAGCGACGAGCUGAACUGCAAGUGCAACUCCACCUACAUACAUUGUGCAAACGGGUUGUGCAAGCCCAUGUUCUGGAAAUGUGAUGGUGUAGACGACUGCGGUGAUGCCACAGAUGAGCAGAACUGCGGCACUUGUUCCACUGGACAGUUCACCUGCAAGAAUGGCAAAUGCGUCUCGGAGAAGGGUUGUUGCGACGGGAGAGACGACUGUGGCGAUGGUUCGGAUGAGCUUGACUGUGGACGAGGUGCUGGUUCUGUGUCAUGCACUGACCACACAUUCAAAUGCAAAAACAACAAAUGCAUCAGCAAAGUCAACCCUGAAUGUGACGGUACCAAAGAUUGUGAGGAUGGCUCGGAUGAGGACAACUGUGAUUGUGGCCGGAGCAAGUUCAAGACCUCACGUAUCGUUGGGGGUCAGGACGCAGAGGCAGGCGAGUUCCCAUGGCAAGUCAGCCUGCACGCCAAGCCUUACGGACACGUUUGCGGUGCCAGCCUCAUCGCUCCACUCUGGCUUGUCACCGCCGCUCAUUGUGUCCAGGACAACGGAAAGGACAGGUUUUCCCAGCCCAGUACUUGGGAGGCAUAUAUGGGCCUGCAUACACAGCGCAACAUAGGCAGCAUGGUUGUAAAAAGGAACUUGAAGAGGAUCAUUCCGCACCCAAAUUACAAUGACUACACCUUUGACAACGACAUCGCCCUGAUGGAGCUGGACAGACCCGUCAUGUACAGCGACUACAUCCAGCCUAUCUGCCUCCCUGCUGCGACGCACAAAUUCACCGUCGGGACCACUGUCUGGAUCACUGGCUGGGGUGCCACUCGGGAGGGAGGAUUUGCAGCGACCGUGUUGCAAAAAGCUCAGGUGCGCAUUAUCAACUACAGUGUGUGUGACAAGUUGAUGGGCGGUCAGCUGACAACCAGGAUGAUGUGUGCCGGUGUUCUGAGUGGAGGAGUCGACGCUUGUCAGGGGGACUCUGGUGGGCCACUCUCCAUUCCAUCCGGCAACCGCAUGUUCCUGGGCGGCGUGGUCAGCUGGGGCGACGGCUGUGCCCGCCGGAACAAGCCGGGCAUCUACACAACGGUCACCAAAUUCCGUGGCUGGAUCAAAGAGAAGACUGGUGUGUAGAACAAAAUGGCUGUACGGGGGGCCAUGGACAAAAAGAUGGACAGAGACACACAGUUACUGCCAUGUGGAUUGUUAACUUCCCAGAAGAACCACCACCACGUGUCGCCUUGAAGAGCAAGUGCAGUGCUGUUCCGUGUCCACUGUGAUUUUAUUCUCGUCAGCUUGAUAAAUUGUAAAUAUUUUAUUUCUUGUUUUCUUUUGUUUUAGCAUGUUUGGAUUGAGAGUGCACACACACACACGAACAGGUUUUCACGAGAUUAAACCACAAAAUCUUUUAUUUUAA